AUGGCGGUGGAACCACUGGAACCUACAGACCAGUUGUCUGACAGGAACGGUGCGAAAAUAUUGUGUCUGAUUACGCUUUCCAACGUGCGACACUUGCGAACCAUCGAGGAAGGAGUUUUCGAAGGUCUUCUAAAUCUGCGAACAAUAUAUAUCUACCAAGCACCAGCGCUUUUGACCAUCCCAGCGACCGUCUUUCGAGUGGAACUGCCGAAUCUUAAAAUUCUGCGGAUCGUCCACACCGGGCUGCAAGCUGCUCCUCUGCUGGACGAUCUCCAGACGUCCGACAUCAUGCACAUGGUGGAUCUGGACAACAACAAAAUUGAAAGGAUUGGCAGACGGUGGAUCAAGCUGAAAGCCGAACAGAUGUUGCUCAAUUACAACGCCCUGGAGGCGGUGGAAGCUGAGGCUUUCUGGGGAUCGCACAUCGCCACUCUGAGUCUCAAAGGUAACAGGGCCCUUUCCCAUCUGGACAUGGAUGCAUUCGUCGGUCUCAAUCACCUCCGUCGCAUCGACCUGUCGGAGACGGCGGUGACGCAGCUGCCGACACGGGGACUCGAGGGCAUCGACGAGCUGCGCCUGCAGGACACCAGCAGCCUCAAGGUGUUCCCCUCCGUCUACAACUUCGAGAACAUCCGCGUAGCGCUGCUGACAUACCCUUACCAUUGCUGUGCAUUCCAGUUCCCUGGGACUCAUGACCCUGCUGCUCAUCACAGACAUGAGAUAUUCAUGCAAGAGAUGAAGCAGAGGUGUUCGGACGAGGGACUGGAAGCGGUGUCUGUGCCAGCGACGCCAUCAGACAGAGAGCGGCGCUGGGCCGGCAACUGGUCCAGCAGCGCGGGGACGGACGACUCGCUGGGAGGCGGCGGGGGCGGCGGCGGCGUCGCCACGACCGUCACCGGCUCACUAGGUCGUCCUAGUCACUUGGCUGCCUUCCCAAGGACAACAACAAACGAUGCGGACGGGUCUGCUAUGGACUCGGUUACACGAGAAGUCCGUGGGGCCUGUCGCAUGAGGAUGCGCUCGGUUCCUGCUGCCAGCGACGAGAACGACGCUGAAAGGACAGCUGCGGUGACGGUGUCACCGGUGCGCGCCGAGUGCGGCCGGCUGUCGCAGAACUACCGGCAGGUGGAGUGCCGGCCGCGGCCGGACGCGUUCAGCCCGUGCGAGGACCUGAUGGGCGGCUGGGCGCUGCGCGGCGCCGUCUGGCUGGUGGCGCUGGCGGCGCUCGCCGGCAACCUGGCCGUGCUGCUGGUGCUGGGCUGCGCGCGCCGCUCCGUGCCCGGCUUCCUCAUGGCGCAGCUGGCCGCCGCCGACCUCUGCAUGGGCCUCUACCUGCUGCUGCUCGCCGCGCAGGACGCGCGCUCCGUCGGCCGCUACUUCACCACCGCCGUCGCCUGGCAGACAGGUGCGGGCUGCCAGGCGGCUGGGGUGCUGACGGUGUUCGCGUCGGAGCUGUCCGUGUUCACGCUGACGGUGAUCACGUGCGAGCGCUGGUACACCAUCACGUACGCCAUCCACCUGAACCGCCGGCUCAAGCUGCGGACCGCCGCCAAGAUCAUGGCCGCCGGCUGGUGCUACGCCGUCUGCAUGGCCGUGCUGCCACUGCUCGGCGUCAGCAGCUACUCCAAGACCAGCCUGUGCCUGCCGCUGGAGUCUCGGACGGCGGUGGACAGCGCCUACCUGCUGUCGCUGCUGACGUUCAGCGUGCUGGCGUUCUGCGCGGUGAGCGCGUGCUACGCGCGCAUGUACUGCGUGGUGCGCGGCGACGGCCAGGGCGCCGUGGCGCGCUCCGACGCCACCGUCGCCAAGCGCAUGGCGCUGCUCGUCUUCACCGACUUCGCCUGCUGGGCGCCCAUCGCCUUCUUCGGCCUCACCGCGCUCGCCGGCCAGCCGCUCAUCGACGUCCCGCGCACCAAGGUGCUGCUGGUGUGCUUCUACCCGCUGAACGCGUGCGCCAACCCCGUGCUGUACGCCCUGUUGUCACGGCAGUACCGGCGCGACCUGCUGCUGCUGCUCAGCCGGCACGGCCUCUGCGCGCAGCGGGCCGCCCGCUACAAGGGCGCCGCCGCUCCCACGCUCACCUCGGACGGUCCGGGCAAGGGCCUGUACGUCCAGCACCACCGCCACAACCAGCACUACCCCAACCACCUGCGGCUCGAGCUGCGAUCGCCGCCAAACAGGCGCUCCGCCAGCGUCGACCAGCAGGCUGGAGAAAGCGCCAGCUCUUAUCUGUAG